UGGAUCGAGCCAGAUUAUUAUUGCAAUCGAGAAACCGCUACGAGGAUUUCACGGAAAGCGCAGUUAUUUGCAUUGGGGAUUGCGCGUCGUCAAAGAGUGGUCGAGGUUCAAAGUUCAACGGAUAAAACGCGUGAGCAAAGUGGUAUAAAAAGUGAUUAAUUUUAGGACCCAGCACUCUAAUAAGGUAUAUUUUAACUGUAAUUGUAAGGAUAUAUCAGGAUGACAAGUGAAUUGAAAGUACCAAGCCGACCUCAGUCUCCCAAAAUGAUGGACGAUAAGGACUUAAAAAGGAUACGUGGAAGCAUAAAAGGUCGUCUCACUGCAUUUUCCAAUCAUUUGGCCGGUUUGGAAGGAUCCUCGCUAAGUUGUCAGGAUGCCAGGGAGUUACAAUUGCGAAUCGAGACUAUGGCUACAAAAACUGUCCUGGGAUGAUGAGCUACCUGUGGACAUACACCAAACUUGGACGGAGCUGGUCCAAGGCCUCCCGGGUCUAAACAGCUUACGCAUACCGCGACGUGUUAUCUGUGAUUCAGCUUCGCGGCUGGAAUUACACAUUUUCACAGAUGCGUCUGAGCGUGCGUACGGCUCCUGUGUGUAUGUUCGUAGCAUUAAUUGUGAAGGUGAGGUCUCAGUCCAUUUAUUACUUGCCAAGAGUAGAGUUGCUCCAAUCAAGCCGACAACAAUACCACGCCUCGAGCUAUGCGGCGCCGUAGUGGGUGCUCAUUUGUACGAGAAAGCAAUUGCUGCACUACGAUUGCAAGUCAACCAAGUCAUUUUUUGGACAGACUCAAUGGUCGUCAUUGGUUGGCUCAAAAUGUUGCCUUCGAAGUUGCAACCAUUCGUACGCAAUCGCAUAGCCGAAAUUUUAGACAAAACCGGUCACUGUACUUGGCGACAUGUUCCGUCUGAAGAGAAUCCCGCAGAUUUAAUAUCUCGUGGAGUUAGCAUAGAAUCUCUUCAGUCGCUUAAUUUAUGGUGGCACGGACCAGAUUAUUUAAAACGCGAUCCAUCGCACUGGCCUGCAACCCCAACAGCGCCUAGUACAGCCGGUGAUUUGCCUGAAACUCGAAAGGAGGUAACUUUAAUUGUAAACUGUGAAACUCAAAGUAAAUUUAUUGAUUUUAGUCGUUUUUCGAAACUUUCUAGACUUCAACGCACUGUGGCUUAUGUGCUUAGAUUCAUAAAUAAUUGCAAAAAGGGAACGAUGCGAACAACAAGCUUCUUAAAUGCUUGUGAAUUAGAUGAAGCACUAAUUGUAAUUUUAAAACAAUCGCAAAUGCAAUCAUUCCCAGAAUAUGAUUUAUUAAUGAAAAAUAAGGAUUUACCUAGUAAAAGCCCACUAAUUAAAUUCAAUGUUUACUUAGAUGAUAAUAAUUUAAUUCGCGUUGGUGGUCGUUUAGAUAAUUCAGAAUUUUCAUUUGAAAAGAAACAUCCUAUCAUUAUACAGUCCACUCAUUUAGUAACUAAAUUAAUUUUUGAAUAUGAACAUAAUAAAUUGAUGCAUGCCGGCCCUCAACUACUAUUGGCUACCAUCAGGGAAACUUACUGGCCGAUAGGCGGCCGCAACUUAGCAAGAAAAUGUUAUCGUCAAUGCGUACGUUGUAAUCGCAUGAAGGGUAAGACUUUUAACCCAUUAAUGGGAAAUUUGCCGCAGCAGCGACUUCAACCAGGUGGAUACCCAUUUGAUAGUGUAGGCGUAGAUUAUGCAGGCCCUAUGGCUGUCGCUAAUCGCACAGGCCGUGGCUGUAGACUCACUAAAUCGUACAUUGCAAUUUUUGUAUGUUUCACGACCAAAGCGGUACACCUUGAGCUAGUGGGUGAUUUAACAAGUAAUAAUUACCUUCUCGCGCUGCGCAGAUUCAUCUCACGCAGAGGAAAACCCUCUCACAUAUUUUCAGAUAACGGUACCUCAUUCGUAGGAGCGGUUAACGAGAUUUCGAAAUUCUUGAAAGGCAAUUGUGAUUCAUUGGCUUCGGACAUAGCGCAGGAAAGUAUUAAUUUUCAUUUCAUACCUGCGUAUAGUCCUAAUUUUGGAGGUCUCUGGGAGGCUGGCGUUAAGUCAGUUAAAUUUCAUUUGAAUAGAGUGCUGGGAAAUUGUAAUCUUACGUUUGAAGAGCUCACUACCACUUUAGUGCAAAUCGAGGCGAUACUUAACUCUCGGCCACUCUCUCCGUUGUCAUCGGACCCCGCAGACCUGACGCCACUCACGCCCGGCCACUUCCUCAUCGGCCGCCCUCUCACCGCCCUGCCGAACUCCAGCUACGCAGACUGCCCCAUCAGCAUGUUAUCACGAUUUCAACGCAUUGAGCAAUUACGCCAACACUUUUGGACGAGAUGGAGCAAAGAGUACAUUGCAGAACUUCAGCAAAGAGCCAAAUGGCAUUCAUGCAAGUACUCCCUAGAAGUCGACACGCUUGUUCUGCUGAAAGAAGAUGGACUUCCACCUCUAAAAUGGAAACUUGGGCGUAUUGUCAAAGUCUUUCCUGGUGCCAGUGAUGGGAUCUGUCGAGUUGCUGACAUACAGACUGCAAACGGCAUCGUACGGCGUAGCUUCAGCAAGAUUGUUCCGUUGCUCCCAGAAGAAGACGUUUCGGUUGAAGGACGAGCCUUCAACGCGCGGGGGCAUGUUCGCGAUCGCGAGUGAUACCCUAUAUAAAAAUUGUGACAUUGACAGUGGUGCCAACCGUCGUACACCCUAUAUUUUAAGUUUCUCUCUCUGCCUUGUGGAACCGA